GGUGUCGCCUGGCACACAUUUUAUUUUGUGAUUGCUUCACCACUUGGAGUGCUGUUAGAUACCACAUAGCUGAAGUUGUUGCACUUUGGUCUCUGUAGUACAGUAGUAGCAUGCCCUCACAGUUUGGGCUCAGCCCCUCGUAGCUCCCUAAGCUACUCACUUAGCUCCGUCGUUAGCCGCUAAUGCGGAGCGACCGUUGGCCUCGGCCCGGCCGCGGAUCAUGCCUCGGAGGAAGAAGAACGGACAGAGCCCGGCGAGGCUCCCCGCCGGCCCCGGCACGGGCUCCCCGCUGACCGGGGGGUACGAUGGGGCAGCGGCGUCGAGAACUUUUGCACCCAGCACCUCGGCCAAGGAGAAAAUCUUCAAAAGUAUGCAGGAGAUGUUCUCCCACCUGGACCCCGAAGUUAUAUUCAUCGUGUUGUCCGAGUGCGACUUUAAAGUUGAAAACGCCAUGGACUCCCUCUUGGAGCUUUCGGAUGCUGCUGAAGUCGCGGCCCCGCUCCCUCCUCCUCCUCCUCCUCCUCCAGUCUCCGGCUUUGAACGCACCGCUGCAGCCCUGCUCAGCCCGCGCCACUUCUCCGAACCAGGACCGGACUCAUCCAGACCAUCUCCUCCGUCCUCUAACCUCCUGACGGAAGAGCUGGACCUGCUGGUCGAGCAGGAGCUGGAGACGCUGGCCGCGCAGCAAGGCGUCGAGGAAGGGCGAAGCGGCGGAAAGUAUUCACCUUCCGCCGCGUCCCUUGCGCCGUUUCCUCCGCCGCCUUUUUCUCAGCAGGCCCUCCCUGAGUUGCUCCAGUCCAGCUUGGAGCCUGGAUCUCGAGAGGCGUCUGCUAAAGAUGUGGGAAAUCUGGUGGAGCAUGUGUCUGGGGCUUCCUCUCCUCUGGACCAGCUCAGCACAUGGGACGAGCAGGCGGCCGAGGGGCAGCGACCUGUGUUGGAUUUCACACAUCUGAUCGGAGAAACUUCUGCAGAAAAGCCGAAACCUCCUCUGGACCUGGCGGCUUCAGGACGUCCCUCGGCUUUCCAGGUGUAUAAAAAGCAAGAGCCGUCCCACGGUGCCUCAGAGAGGCCUGGGCUCGGGCGCUCCGAUGCAGUAGUCGGAGGAGCGAGGUCCAAGGUGAACAUGCUCAUUCGAGAGCCGCCUGCGUCGCCCCACUGGAACCCCGAGGCGCCCGCAUUUUCUCCCCACAUCCGUGGAAACCAGGCACCGGUCUUCAUUACUCCCGUGGCUCAAACACCGUCCAACUGGCCGAGCCAUCCGAGGCAGGCGUCCCCUUGGCUGAGCCAAGCUCCCGUCAGUCAAGCCCCUCUCAAACCUUCCGCGACUAUCCCAAAGUCUUGGGCCCUGCCCGCCGCUCCACCGGCGGCCGCCCCCCAGCACAGCAGACUUCGUCUGGAGGGGAAGCUGCUCGUGCUGCUGCGCGGGGCUCCGGGAUCCGGCAAGUCGACCCUGGCGAGAGCCUUGUUGGAGCAUAACCCCGGAGGAGUGAUACUCAGCACGGACGAGUAUUUCAUUCGUGAUGGAAAGUUCCUGUUUGACCCCACUGUCCUCGAAGAAGCCCACGGGUGGAAUCACAAACGAGCCAAGGAGGCCUUCGAGAAGAGAACGAGCCCUAUCAUCAUUGACAACACCAAUAUGCAGGGCUGGGAGAUGAGACCGUAUGUGGUUCAGGCACUGAGACAUGGAUAUAAGGUGCUGUUCAAAGAGCCCGACACUUGGUGGAAGAGCAAGCCCAAAGAGCUGGAGAGGCGCACCACACAUAAUGUACCAGGGGAAACCAUCAGGCGCAUGCUGAAUGGAUACGAGCGCUUCGUCACAGUCCAGUCUAUCAUGGGUUCGCAGAUGCCCGAGUGGAAACAUCGGCUCGUUUUGGAGAAGAAACAGCCGGCGCCCUCUGCGUCACCUUGUCCCGACCUUGUAGGUCCGCCUGGAUUGAUCGAAGGAUGUGAUAAAUCCCGCUCUCAGCUAUUCUCAUCCCUCCCUGACGUGUCGUCCAUCGGACGUUCUGGAGAGGUGGAAUCGCUGGAAGACGGCGCCCACAAAUCUACAGAGUCACUCGAUUUACAGCUCCAACCUACAGACAACCCUGACCUUUCUGAAGCAGAUGACGGUCUUGAUCUGGGGGAGUUGGAUGCUGAGCUGGACGCCCAGUUGGAGGCGAAUCAUCCAAUCAGGGACCAGAGGAUGCCCGAUUGUAUAGUCGAAUCCGUGAUGAACGAAGACCGCUGUAGGGAAGAAAUGCCGGUGGCUUUCUCCGAAUCGAUCGGACAAAGGGUGAGGAGAGAACGGUCAAAUAGGCGGGAGGAGAGGACGGAGCCUGCGGACCUGGUGAAAGAUGCUAACCAGUCAGAGGCAAAGGGAAGAGAAGCAGAAGAAGGGGCUGAGAUGGUGUACGGGGAAGAGAAGCUGUUAAAUUUUGUGGGGGACUGGCCUUCUGAAGGGGCUCUUCAGCAGCGACAGGCGAGGAAAAGUAAACGGCAUAAUGAAACACAGUGUAAGGAAGGUGAAGGCGCCUCUCCAUCUGAUCAUCCAGCCAGUGAUCAUGAGAAAACAACGGGGAUACAGUCAGGUCCCCAUGUGACCGAGUUUCAGAAGCUCCUCGACCUCAUCCAGACUGGUGCAGCCCCAGUUCAGACCAGCUCUUCUCGCUCACACUCGGUUUCUCCAAAUCCUGAAGAAGAGUUGGAUAGAGAGGGUGAGGCAUGUGACCUGAUCGAGGAAUCCUAUGACCGUAUGCCCAGCGGUGAAGAGGGCGAGCAAAACAUAGCCAGCGUUAACAGCGGCAGGAGCGAGUUGCCUGACUGUGUGUUAGACAGAAAGAUCACUGACAGCUGUGCAGUCGGGGAAUCAGGAACUGAGGACUGGGCGACUGGAAGAAGUUCAGAGAUCGGUCAGGAAGUUACAUCUGAGGAUCUGAGCUCGGCUGUCGCAGAAAAUCCCCUUUCAGCUGAUUCACUAGACGCCUCCACAGCUGCGGAGGCAAACGUAGAUGGAGAGGGAAGCCAUAGCGGUGAAGGUGAGGUGGGCACGGAUGUCGACACAAGUAACUUGUCAGAGAACGGCAGAGAGACGGAAAGCGGUGCCCUCGGUGGAAGCAGUCAGGAGAGGAAGCAGCGGCAAAGUCGCAGAUCGGGGAAACAGUGCAAGCUCGCCCUGACCUUCAGUCAAAUCUGCCCUGCCUCUUCGUGGACUAGCCCAGACUGUCCUGACACCGAAGCUCAAGAGGUCGACGGCAAUCAGGAAGGCACUGACUUGAUUGAUGUGAAGCCAAACUUUAAACCUGACACCAGUCUCGAUCCAAGCCCUGACAUGGUCGCUGAGUUCCUCCUGGAGCCGCCGCCGCCGCCCACCAGCCUGUCUCCGUUAGACACCGGCUGCUCCACUCAGACCGAACCUCAGGACUACGCCCUCCUGUGGCGUCUCAAUCGCCCCGACAACGACCCCGACGCGGCCGUCACUGCUGCGGGAGCUCUCUGCGGCAACAUGACCGUCUUGUCCGGUGACUCUUCUCGUUUUGUGCCGGAGCUCUCCUCCGUCGUCUCCGCGGCGGUCGCGGUUCACCCGUCCGGCCGCAAAGAGGUGCCCUACCGAGUGGUGCACGAGAAAAGCACACAGGUGGAGGAGAAGGAGCUGGGGGUGACUCAGGACCGGCUGGAGAGCCUGCGCAUCCUUAGCCGUCAUUUUAAACUGGUUAGCUUUGACACGUUGGAAGAUCUGUACGACAAAUGCCAUCAGGACUUGGAAUGGACCACGAACCUGCUGCUGGACUCUGGAGAGAGGUUCUUUAGAGAUGAAGAGGGAGAGGAGGAAGAUGUAGUUUAUGAAGGCGACAACAACGCAUCGAGUGCGGGUGGAGCUUUAUGUGAUGCCGUCGAAACCAGUUCAUACCCUAAUGUGUUAGAUGAGCAUCAACAUUUAGAUCUACCAGUGGGAGAAACUGCUGGGAUGGAGGAGGGGUCCCUGCAAUCGGCACUUAGCGAGACAGAGGAGAGCGGCAGUAAUACACAUGUGCCAGAUGUUGGAGGUGCAGCUCCUCCAGUUACAAACGCAGAUCAGCCUCACGAAACUCCCGACUCAGAAAAGGCUCCUCAACCAGAAGCCAAAGCGAAAAAGGAAGAGGAGAGUCCUGACGACGCCGACUGUAAAGUGACGUCAGAGCCUGGCCCAAAGUACGGAGCUUGGUGCGGCACCGUCGAUAACGGGGUAAUAAUCGAAGAGCUGAGGGUCGAGCUGGAGGACGACGCCGCCAGCAUGGACGAGGUUAACCGGCUCCUGCAGGCGGAACUGGAGGAGAUGGACAAAGAGGAAAAGCGGAGGAAAAAGGAGAGGGGAGGCUCGCACCUGGAUAUUCAGAGCGUGGAGCUGAAGCUGCCCACUGAGCUGGCUCUGCAGCUCACCGAACUGUUCGGUCCCGUCGGAAUAGACCCAGGUACGUGCUCCGAUGAUGACUUUUCAGUGCAGAUGGAUCUGAAUCUGCACCAGAAGUGGAAGGAAUCCAUCCAGGAAAGGCAAAGACAAGCCGCUCUUUCCUUUCAUUUGCUGCAAGAAAGUUCAUCACACUGGGGUGAUUCACAGGUGGCCAGACCUUGGCCACCAGACCGCACGCAGCCGGCAGAUUUCCUGAUAAGUGCCGACGGUUACGCGUCGCUGGUCAACCAGCCGGAGGCCCGUGGUCAGAUGCCAGUCAUGGACCACUGGAACGUGUCCCGGCCGCAUGUCUCUCUAAGAGACAUUAUAAAAGAGGAGCAGGCUUUGCAGCACAACGUGGAGAAAACCAGACAGAGUCGCGCGGACCUCGAUCGGCGCGACGGCGCGGCGCUGUUGAAGGAGAACCAGCUGUACUCCCUCUUCCCCACCAUCGACAGGCACUUCCUCCAGGACAUCUUCAGAGACCACAAUUACCAACUAAGAGAGACAGAGAUGUUUCUCCGCUCUUUACUGAACGAGGAGCCUGUGAAGACGGUAGUUGCCCCAGAAGCGCCGCGGUCUAACAACCUUAGAGCAGCCAGCAAGGAGAGGGAGAAGAGACAAAAACCCCUUGAGUCAGUUGUACCCAACUACCAGGACACGGAGGACCCAGAGUACGAGGACUUCAGGGCCGAGGCGAGUUUACAGAGGAAGCGACAGCUGGAGAGUUUUGCUAAGGCUGCGGAGGCCUACAAGCAGGGGCGCAAAGAAGUGGCCUCAUUUUACGCACAACAGGGACACCUGCACGGCCAGCGGAUGCGUGACGCCAAUCACCGAGCAGCCGUCCAGAUUUUUCAGAGGGUCAACUCGUCUCUGCUGCCCAAAAACAUCCUGGACCUCCACGGGCUUCAUGUAGACGAGGCCCUGGAGCAUCUGGCCCAGGUCCUAGAGGACAAAACUGCAGAGUGCGAGCAUGGUCUGUGUCGACCUCAGCUCUCUGUCAUCACAGGAAGAGGGAACCACAGCCAGGGGGGCGUGGCCCGCAUCCGCCCCGCUGUUAUAGACUACCUCACCAACAAGCACUACAGGUUCACGGAGCCAAAGCCGGGCCUUGUGUUGGUCUCUUUGAGGUGACGGCAACUCGUUUGUUGAAUUCAAAUUAAAGCUGCUAUGGAGGACUGUUUAUCUGUUUAUCGCCACAGUACAGCUAUUACAAUAUUUACGGUUUGAAACUCUCCAUCCUGUUUUACUUCUUCUCCUUAGUCAGUUUUUAUAGGUUUUUAUACUCAUCCCUUCUCUUCUUUUUCUCCACCAGUCAUAAAUAUAACAUGAUUAGGAGUUUAGUCUAAAUUCUCUCCUGUGAUUACAUAAAACGGACUUCAUUUGAACAACAGAUUUUUCUGUAAAGCUAGAAUGUGAAUUUUAUAUUUAAAAAUGUUUUAUCGUGUACGUUUGUGAAAGGCUCCACGUCGAACAAUUAUUUAAUGUUCUGGUGCCGGGGGUGGAGACGAAAUGCAAAACAUUUUAUGGACCUUUAUUUGAAUCAUGUACUUGCUGCCUGCGUGAAGGUUUUAAUGAAUAUUACAGUAUUUUGAGCCAUAGUGGAAGAAUUGUAUUUAAUGUUAAGUAUAAUCUGAGAAGGUAACGUAGCAGGAGCAUUUUUCCUUUGGUUCAUAUUGUUACAGUCAACAACAUGUGGUCCAGAAAAUCCACAAUACACAAUACUGUUCAUUUAAGCUUGCUUUAGUCCAAAAAAAAUACAAAUAUAUAUAUAUAUAUAUUAUAACUCAGGUGACUGCGUUGUAUUUAAAGGUCGUUUUUUCCCCAUCCUGUUCCUAGUAGCUUUUGAAAAACACAUUGUACCGGGUUUUCUACUCCUGUGAUAUUUUUCCAUAAACCUGCAACAGGUAUGUUGACAGAUUUUACUGACUACAUAGCGCUGAGCGCACAUAGAUUAUAAAGAGGAGAUUGUAUUACUACUAUUAUUAUUUUUUUAUUCAAGUGUUCAUAAUGUUUUACAAAGGGAGUGGUAUUGUUGAAUAAAACACUAUUUGUUUACAA